AUAAAAUAUUCUUUACAGAUAAGUUAUGGCAUGCCAUCAUUUUUUACUCCUCUUUUUUGCGACGUUGUUUCAAGAAUCAAAUGCAUCUGAUCAAACCUUUGCUCUUUGUGCUGACCAAAGGGGUUUCAUACGCUGCGAUAAUGGAUCGAAAAUCAAAAUAGUGUCAGCCAACUACGGACGUACAGAUGACCAGGUGUGUCCAGGUGGUAAAACUAACACAAUCACAUGUCGAUCAAAAUCAUCAGAAAUCAAAGUCAAGUGGAAUUGCAAUGGAUAUGCAACUUGUCAUCUACAAGCCACAAACGGAUACUUCGGAGACCCUUGUGCAAAUAUUGUCAAAUAUUUAGAAGUUAGAUACCGCUGUGUCAAAAAUAUAGACAAGGAGGUAAAAGAUAAAUCAAUCAUUGCUUUCAAUGCAUACAUAUCAAAACACCUGACCUUGCACAGAAAUACGCCAGUUAAUGUUGUUUAUGACAAAUUAUUCUUCAACUACGGAAAUGCGUACAAUCCUCACAGCGGAAUCUUCACAGCGCCAUCUGCCGGGCUGUAUAUUUUUACUUGGACCAGCUUAGUAAAUGGUAGAACAAUAUUUGACGCAGAGAUUAUUGUCAAUGGAAAACGAAAAGGAUUGGGUAAUUGUAAUAAUGAAAGUAAUCCGGGGUUUGAAAAUUGUGCCAACACAAUUCCUUUGGUCUUAAAUGCCGGCGAUAGGGUGAAUAUUCGAACGACGACCGCAAAUUUUCUGUAUGGAGAAUGGUCCAGUUUUAAAGGAUGGAAAGUUUAA